UUUCAUUCGGUAAACAAAUUGUCGUUACCAUGCAACAGUGAGAAGAGACGUUUUUAUGAACAUAAGAAAUGGCCUUUUGGAAAUCCAAGACACCUAGGUUUCAGGAAAGAAUUAGCUGUGCACCUCCUCCGACAAAGUAUGCCCCACACAACAAGAAUCAAGUGAAGGGACACGUCCCUUACGACAAACAGAAGACCUCCCGGUUUCUGGACGCAGAGCACGAAAGAAAUAGUAAAAGUCGGAGCAACCAAAUUCGGGUGAAAAGUAGAUCCAAGAAUUUGCUGGAAGAUGAAUUAAAGACUGCGAAACAGAAUUUGCGCGAUAUGGAGCAAAUGUUUUGUGAAAGUGAAAUUACAAUUGCUCAGCUCCUGACUGAGAAUAAAGAGUUGGAGGAACUACUACAGAUGCAAGACGAAUUUUAUUCCAAGGCAGUGGGAUUGCAGAUGAACAAGUCUGCAGAGGAAAAAGUGAUAAAACUUAGGAAGCAAAAGCGAGAACUUGAACUGAGGAAAAGUGCAGAAACUCAACGUAAGCCUAGAGAAGAGCACAUGAUGGAGAUGAAGGGGAAAAGUAGAAAGUUUCACGAAAUGGCUGGGGAAACAUCAAAUACUAUUACGGGAGAAGAAUCAAAAUACAGUAAGCAAGAAGCCGAUCUCCGGAAUGAACUGCGGGUUACUAAGCUGCAGCUGCAAUCAGCUAGGGGGGAGGAAAAAGCAAAAUUCAAGGAGACAAUCGCCAGAGUAACUGAAAAAAACGAAGCCAUUUUAAAAGAAAUGUGCAAGGACUAUAACGCUAAAAUGACCAAAAAAGAUACGGAGCUGAAGCAACUGCAGAAGGAAGUGAAGAAAUUAACAUUCCAACUUUCAAGCACCCAAGAGCAGAAUGACCUCCUUCGUAAAUAUGUGAAGGAACAGGCACAGCAAAUAAACACACAGGUGGACAACAGUAAUCUGAAUACAGAGAUGCAAGGCCAAGUCUCAGAGCUUGAACAACAGGUGUUUGACCAGCAGGUAAAACUAACUAACGUCAUUAAGAAACACGAAGAGUUACAGAAAGUCCUAAACAAGAAGGAGAUGGACAUUAAACAGAAGAUGUCUAUUAUAAAUGAACAAUACGAGGAGUUGGAAGAUCAGGAUGACAUGAUUGCCUCACUAAAGAGUCAAUUGCAAGAAAAAGAUCAUAAAAUUGCAACACUGCAAAAACAAAUGGAUGAACAAAACACGUAUGCAAAGAAGGUGCUUGACCUGCUGGCAUCAAGAACAGCAGCUAUUAAUCAAACUGAACAGUUCCAGAAAUACCUAUAUCAGAAACAGAUGGGCAAUGAACAGAGGAAUUGUCUCAUCUCGGACACUUCUUAUGAGUUAAAUGAAUUAUUAAAGACACACAUGGAAGAGCAAGACACACAUGAAAAGAAGCUGCUUGACCUGCAGGCAUCACUAACAGAAGUCAUUAAGAAAAAUGAAGAGUUACAGGAAGACGUAAACAAGAAGGAGAUGGGCAUUAAACAGAUGGAACGUGUAAUAAAUGAGCUGAAGAGUGAAUUAGAUAAUAUGAAGGAUGUAAAUGGCUCACUAAAGUUAGCACUGGGACAUAAAUACAGUGCAUUGCAAAACACGAGCGGGGAUACAUGCAAAGAAGGUGAGAAAUAAGAAUGCAAACAGAAUUAAGCAACUGCAAUCAACUGUAGACAGAAAUUAGAGGACUCAACAGCAGCAAACAGAGAAGAC